GUAGCUGGUCGUAGCCGUAGAUGUACAUAGAUCGCAGAGGGCGAGCAAUUGUUCCACAUUUCGAACGGUUACAAAAUUUUCAAAGAGUCCGAGCGUGCGAAAUACGCUUCUAGUGUCAGUGCCAAAGCAGCCAAACAUCAAAUUCUGAUUUGCCGACCAGUUGGAUGUUACAUACAUCGUUUUGUGUAUCUUAAUUGUAGGAAUCGGCGAAUGCUUUAUCAAAGAUAAAGAAAUCAUGGAUUUAUUUCCAGGACAUCAUUCAACAUUUUGGAAAGCUCGUAGAUUACAAACAUUCGAACAUUGGCCGUUUCAAUCGUCCAAUAAUCCCUGCAACCCGGAACGUAUGGCUAGUGCGGGAUUCGUUGCUAUCGGUGGUGAACAAGAACCAGAUUUGGUCGAAUGUUUCAUUUGUUCUAAACAACUCGAUGGUUGGGAUCCGGACGACGAUCCAUGGACAGAGCAUGCGAAGCAUCAGUCGGAAUGUUCGUAUAUAGAAUUAGGGAAACCUGACGAGGCAUCGUGGACGAUACAGGAGUUUUAUGAUCUGUUUAGAAAAUAUACAGCGAAAGAAUGCGCACACGAAUUGGAGAAAGCUGUAGCGAAAGCUAAGGAAGAAAGCGCCAAGAUGGCGAAUGAAAUACCUCGAAUCUAUAAAGGGUUGAGGAAAAGCUCUCAAAGUUUACGUUAACAUUCCUCUUUCAAGUUCUGCUUUACGAUGCCGUGAACAUUUUUAUUUCACACAUUCGUUCUUCCUACAUCAUUCCUUCUGUUCUGAAAUGUUGCCGACAACAUUGAACGGAAUUACUGUAUUCGUCCGAAAGAAAAUGUUACUUUAUUCCGAUAGCACCGCGAGAUACACGAUCGGAAACCGAUAUAAAUUAUGAGAAGGAGCCACGUAUCGGCGUAUCGCAUUUCACCAAUUUCUGUUGUCGAAUCUUGUCAAACUUGGUCGAUCUUAUCGCAGAUCCACUUCAUCCUGCGUUAUUAGGGGUGACAGCAUUUCAUUAUCUUCGAUCUUGAACAAUAUCGAUAUCGGCAAAUAAACGGAUGGUAUAAUUCUUCUUCUAAUUCUAUAAGCAGUACCGCACGUGCCUUCCAUGCGAACAUUAUGUACCCGUGAAAUCAUGAAAUCGUGGAAACAAGGUUCGAACGAUACACACCGACCAACUUGUUUUGUAUCGCUACACCAAUAAAAACUACAUUUUUAUGUGAAAUAAUUCGUGUCGCUUACGUAAUCGCAAUAAUCGAUUGCAAGCCGAUUCAAGCGUUAUAAACAUUCCUUCUUCUUAUUAUAUGCAGUUGUGUGCCAGGUGCGGUAUGUAACCGAGACCCUGACAGUAGUUUUCCUGCUCGCGUUCAGAAAAUUCAUACGAAACGCCGCUUGCCAAACUUUUGCGGUUCCUCGUUGCUCAAACGGCAAACAUUUGUUUUCUGCUUUCGAUUCUUCGUAACGGGGGAGUUGCGAAAUUAUCAAAGCCUUGUCUCGAAACUUGAGCAAUCGGUGUAAUUUGUCGACGAAAUUCAUUAUCGCUGCGGUAAUAUAACUAUAGGAUGCUUUUACAUAUUGUGUUUGCUUUGUAUUACUCGUGUUACGAUUGCGUUCGUGUCGUCUAAGGACUAUAAUUCGUUAUUUAUCAAGUCGCUAUAAGCCGAUGACUUAUUAGAUUACCGAUAGUUUCGUUGAAUCCAGACUUUUAUAGUCCGGUGUAUUUCAGCUCGGCUGUCGCGCUGCGUUUCCGAAGCUGCUCCGACCAAGUGAAAAGUUUAAAUAGAAUGAAAAAGCAUCGAAUUAGAAGCAUAGAGCGCUAUCGUUGACUGCCGUCGGAAUUUAUAACGGAUAAGGCGAACGGAGAGGUGGUUUCGUAACAGAAAAUUAGCAGAUUCCACAAAAUAUCAUAAUGUAUCACAACAUAUACGGACACGAAUGGCUGAAAUUGAUCAACGAUCCUAUAUAUCGUUGUACACACGAUACGAUAAUCGUCGAUUUAUUGUAACUUUUUGUUAAAUACUUAAUAGUCGACGAUGUCGAUACCGAUGGAUAUUGAAUUGUACGUUACCGUAAAAUAUGAAAAACGGAUACAUGU